AAUAAUUAUUCAUACAAUUUCAGUAAUUAAUUUACAGGUACUCAAUAAGAAGAGAGAGAUUAUAAUAUUCAGAUAAUUAAGUAGAAAAAUGCGAGAAGAUACGGAACGUGCAAGUUUAAAUAAUCGCGAUAUUUCAAUCGAUUUAUCUCGACUUUUCCGCCAAAACCGAUGCGAGCGACUUCAGCGACUGGAGUUAGCGCGCACAGAUCCGGCCGGAAGAUGCACGGCGAUGAGUUAGUCCGCACGGAUUAUGGUAAUGUCAAACAUUGCGCCAGCCAGGCAGGCAGUCAGCCGGAGAUAGCGAUCAUCCGAUAAUCGUGCACGGGGGUGUAGCUUGUAAAACGCGAACGUUCCUCUCGCGUUCUCGUGGGACUUUCCCCGAGAUCUCCCGCGACGAGAUGUGACAGGUGACAGAUCGGCAUUCCCGCAAGCCGAGUGAGCGAAGUAGACCGUGUCGCGUGAAGGAGCGAAGAAGAACGUAAAGAAAGAAGAGAAGAAGUUCCAACCAGAAGACGUUGACAGAAACGGGACAGCCGGGGACGUCCUCGACCGUUCGAGAUGGAUUGGGAGCUGCUAACGAUGGCGAGUCUGCAUCUGACAGCGACCGAGCAUCGCUAUUACGGUGACAUAUUCAUAUAUUGCUGCGAGAACACGGACAGCGACAGCGUGUCCGUUAUUAAAGUCGCCGAGUUGCUGCGUUCGGCUAACUUGCCCAGGGAUAUUACGAUGAAGAUAUUAGAUAUUUGCAUCGGAACUAAAAACAAUACACAUCUGGGCAAGAAGCAGUUUUAUGCAGUAUUGAAACUAAUAGCGGUUCAUCAGGCUGGGUUGGAAAUCUCCAGAGACAUGAUCACUGCAUCUCUGGAUGUUAUCACUUUACCAAGAUUUACAUGGCCGACCUCUGGUGAUGAGGAUGGCAGGAGUCCAGAUUUAACUAGAGGAAUAAAGGGUAGACAUCAUCCUCCAGAAAGUACUACCGAAAGUGAAAGUGAAGCAGAGUCUCCACGUGAGACUGGUGGCAGUACAGAUUCUCCUACGCCAACAAACAGCGUGACCCAAGAGAGAAAUGAUUGUAUGUUGGGUGGUGAGACGAUCCUGGACUCUGUUUCUGGAGGCUGGCAAGGUUUACUGGUUUCUGAAGAGCAAAGACAGCUAUUGGGCACAGAGGAGGAGAGUUCGGAACGUCAUAGCAGUGAUGAAGGUGAAGGGGAAGGCGAUGGUUCGGGUUUCCCACCGGAAGAAGUAUGGAUUAUCAGUGACGAGCAACGUGAUUAUUACGCUGCACAGUUCGCGCAGCUGCAGUCUGAUCCAGAGGGUCUUCUUGCGGGGCCUGUGGCCAGAACAUUUUUCGAAAAGUCGCGACUACCGGUUUCCGAGUUAAGACGUAUUUGGCAGCUUGCAGAUGUUACUAGGGACGGAGCGCUCAGUUUACAAGAAUUUUACGUAGCUAUGCAUCUUGUUGUGCUGAGGAGAAAUCAUGUGCCUCUACCCGACGUUUUACCUCCGUCCUUGUCAAUUCCGUUAAUCAUGCAAACAACUGCCGCACCGCAAAUUCCACCGGCAACAACCGCUCAAAAGUCGCCGCCGAAUUCCGCAAAUGCCCGCGAGAAGAAUAAGGAAUGGACGAAGUUCGUAGAUUCGCCGACCGGAGCGAGUAGUUCGGUCACCAGUCCGGGAUUGCAGUUAGUGAAUUUUGAUUUCCAAAAGUCGGCCGUCGAAAGAGACCCGAAGAUUUUGCAUCCGGUGCCGUUGCGCUUAACGCCGGAAGCGGCGAUUCUCGCUUCCGGCGCUAACGGCAGCAGUAGCAGUUGCACUACAUUGAUGGAUGACGAUUUGCAACACUCUGCGGCAUCAUUAGUGCAACGACCUCUUACAAAGAAAUCCUCCGCGGCUCCUGAAGACGCCGUAAUUGUGACUCCCAAGAAGGAACCACCGCCUCCACCACCACCCAGACCUUAUAGAACACACGCUCGCAGUUCUAGUCUCGAUCUUAAUAAAUUAGGAAAAAAUGGUCAAAGUUUUCUUGGAGCACCACCUUUAGUACCACCUAGAAUUUCGCCAGGAAUCACUUCGCCUCGUAAAUUAGUCGGGCAAAGAAGUGAGGGCGAGGGUCAAAGAACAUUAAGUGAAAGUCAAGGUUUUAUUGCUGACUUUUCUCAUUUUUCGCCUAAGAGUGAACUGCCUGAGACUACAAUACCAUCUAUAGAAAAUACAGUGCCACAAUCUCAACAAUUCACUGGAGUCUGCGGAGCAUUUCAUAUUUAUAGAAAACCUAGUCCAAAACGAGAUGGUGGUGAAGAAGAUAAAGACGAAUCUGAGGACGGGAAGAAAUUAACCUUACAAGAAUUAAGGGAGAAGAAUGCAGAAUUACGCUUAGUCUGCGAAGAACUGACACGAGAACUAGCUAGCGCGCUUCAAGAACGUAUAAAUCUGCGUGCUAAACUCCUGCUCUUGACUUGAUGUGAUUAUUAUUCGCUAUCAUUCAUUCGAUCAAAGCCACAUGAGGUAUAUGCAUCCUCAUUCAUUGUAUACCUGUAUUUAAUAUGUUAUGCUAGUCUAAAAUUCUUCCUUUCUCAACGAUGUAUUCAUAAUAAUUCAUAUUCAUAAUAAUCGAUGAAGCUUGCGAAAAAGUUACACGAAUUAUUUUGAUUUUCAUAUAUAAUAAAUAGAAUCUUGAAUCAUGUGUAUUUUGAAUCGUGCAUAUGAUUCAAAAGAUUCUAUUCAUUAUAAUGUAUAUAAAAAGUAAUCAGUGAGAUGUAACUUUUUUGUAAGUUUUACACAGUAAUGUCACAGUCAAUGUAAGGGCAAAUACAACAAGGGAAAGUCACAAAAAAGAUUAUUUAUAGGUAUUUUACUUGAGAAUGAAAGAAGAAUAUGAUAUAAAUUAUAAAUUGUGUAUAUACAAAACUCUGAUUAUCACAUAAAUGAUCUCUAUUAUAUUGAGAUUUAUGAAUUUGUUUUUGUCAAGUUGAUGAGCUAUUGUUCACGUUUAUAUGCAAGAAAAAGUGUUAAGAAAUUCGCUAAAGCUUGAAGCUUAUAUUAUCAAAUUCCUCUGUGAUUUAUCGACACUUGUGUGUAUGUGUGUGUGUUAUAUUUCACAUGACUUCCUUUUUCGUCGUCAUAUAUUUAUAUAUAUAUUUCCAAGGUUGACGAAAGAAGGGGAGAGACAGUACAUGUUACCGAGCCUGACAAUCCGAAAGGGACUUGUAGCCAAUUUUUAUAACAUUUUUUUAUAGUAUCAGUAUUAACCGAUUGGUUUUGAU